AUGAACCUACUUCAGCAUCCGGAUCGUAACAUUCACAUGGCCGCUCCAGGGUUACUGGGCGGUUUGUUGGCCGCAUCGAGUGGCGUGUCGGCCGCUUCGUCGUUGCCACAACGUUCACCAUUCGCCAUUCAGGAACUGUUGGGUCUCAACACGAGUAGUUCGGUCAGUAGCCAUUCUCAUCAUCAGACUGACCAUGUUGCCAGUGCUGGCAACCAGCAGCACGUUUACAGUCACGCCAUGAUUGCCGCAGCUCAUCACCACCAUCAUCACCAUCACAGUCAACAUCCGGCCGCUGCCAUGUUCGCCCAUCCUGCCCAUCAGCAUCACAGCCAUCAUGGUAGUUCAUCGUCUGCAGGAAACAAUGGCCAGCAGUCGAGUCAAGGCUCAGAAUUGAGCGGCCAUCAUCACCAUCAUCACAAUAGCCUACAGGCCCAUCAGGCCCUUUCGGCCUUGUCGGCGGCGGCGGCGGCCAGUUACGCGUCGGCGACGGCGGCGGCGGCCGCAGCGGCCGGCAGCCGUUGUAGCGCAGCGGCGGCCUACAAUUUCACGCACCAUCACCAGAAUUUCGCGGCGGCUGCAGCGGCGGCUGCGGCCAUGGUCGGCGACCCGCUGAGUUCCGCCAGCCGGAUGUAUUUCAAUCCGGCGGCGGCGGCGGCGGCGGCUUUCCUCCACCAACCGACGGCGGCUGCCGUAGCGGCCGGAAGUAUCGGAAGCGUCGGCUCAGCCUCGGCUCCCGGAGCGUCGACAGCCGUCGGCAACGGCACGAGUAGCGGCGGUGGCGGCAGCGGCGGCGGAGUUUUCCCGUCGCCAGACAGCGCCGCAAUGCGAUCUGAUACCAACGCCUCAGUCGAGGGACGUGGCGACGGCAGCCAUUGCAACAGCUCCAAGUUGGACGAUUUGAACGUCAGCGGCGGCGCAUCCAACAACAACGGGGUCAACGGUGCCAACAAUCCUAACCGGAAAAAGAAGAAAAAGAGAAGGCACAGGACCAUUUUUACGAGUUACCAAUUGGAAGAAUUGGAGAAAGCCUUCAAAGAGGCUCAUUAUCCGGACGUCUACGCCCGUGAAAUGCUCUCCCUGAAAACGGACCUGCCCGAAGACCGCAUCCAGCUGGAGCAAGGAGAAUUGUUAGAGCCCAACGUGACUUCGACUUUUCAGAGCGUGUGUCACGAAACUAUUGAAAUGUCCGGCCCGAUCAUCGUUCUUAGUCAGAAUACGAAGAGAGAGAGUGGAAAGAAGGUUCAGAUUGAGAAUAUCACAGCCGGCAAGACUGUAGCUGAUGUUAUUCGAACAUGUCUUGGCCCACGAGCAAUGUUGAAAAUGUUGAUGGAUCCCAUGGGUGGUAUUGUUUUAACCAAUGAUGGAAAUGCCAUCCUCAGAGAAAUCACUGUUCAACAUCCAGCUGCAAAGUCUAUGAUUGAGAUCUCUCGCACACAGGAUGAAGAGGUUGGAGAUGGUACUACAUCGGUUAUUAUUCUAGCUGGAGAAGUUCUGGCUGUCUCAGAACCCUUCUUGACACAACAGAUGCAUCCAACUUUGAUCAUUUCCGCCUAUCGUCAAGCCUUAGAAGAUGCUGUGACUGUUCUUAGGGACCAAAUCAGCACCCCUGUGGAUGUGAACGAUCGUUCCCAGUUGCUGUCCAUUAUCAAAUCAUGUCUAGGAACUAAAUUUGUUAAUCGCUGGUCGGAACAAGCUUGUCAGAUUGCUCUGGAUGCCGUAAGCACAGUUGUAGUCGACGAAAAUGGACGUCGUGAAAUUGACAUCAAAAGAUACGCUAAAGUUGAAAAGGUUCCUGGUGGCACUAUGGAAGAUUCUUGUGUUCUACGGGGUGUUAUGUUGAACAAAGAUGUAACUCACCCGAAAAUGCGUCGUCACAUCGUCAAGCCACGCAUUCUGUUGCUAGAUUGCAACUUGGAAUACAAGAAGGGCGAAAGCCAGACUAACAUUGAGAUAAUGAAAGAAGAAGACUUCACACGCAUACUAGAGCUUGAGGAAGAAUACGUCCAAAAAACAUGUGAGGAUAUCAUCCGCGUCAAGCCUGACGUAGUCUUUACUGAAAAGGGUGUGUCCGACUUGGCUCAACAUUAUCUGGUCAAGGCUGGUAUCACUGCUAUUCGUCGUGUGAGAAAGUCUGACAAUAACCGUAUUGCUCGCGCCUCUGGCGCUACAAUUGUCAAUCGUACCGAUGAAAUCCGUGAAGAAGACAUUGGCACAAAGGCUGGUCUCUUUGAAAUCAAGAAGAUCGGCGACGAGUACUUCUGCUUCGUUGUUGAAUGUGAAGACCCUAAAGCAUGCACGAUUCUUCUCCGUGGAGCAUCCAAAGAUGUUCUGAAUGAGGUAGAGCGAAAUUUGCAAGAUGCCAUGAACGUUACCCGUAACGUUCUACUGGAGCCCAAACUUGUUCCUGGAGGUGGUGCUGCUGAAAUGGCUUUGGCUUACGCCCUGGCUGAGAAAGCAAAGAGUUUGGCCGGAGUGACUCAGGGUCCCUACCGAGCGAUUGCUCAAGCUCUCGAAGUGAUUCCUAGAACUUUGGCCCAAAACUGUGGAGCCACCGUCAUUCGUACUCUAACUGCACUCCGAGCAAAGCAUGCCACGGGCGGAACAACUUGGGGUAUCAAUGGCGAAACUGGUGAACUAGCCGAUAUGAAGGAUCUUGGUAUUUGGGAUCCUCUUGCAGUGAAACUUCAAGUUCUGAAGACUGCCGUCGAGACGGCAAUUCUUCUCUUGCGCAUCGACGACAUUGUUUCUGGAUCAAAGAAGAAGGGUGCCGAUAGCUCAGCACCUGCUCCUGGCGGUGCAGCUGAUCAAGAGGCCAUGCGUGAAUAAAGAAGCGAUGGUGUUCCUUCAUACUUGUGUUCUGGUACUCCAUGGCGAGCGUUAACUAAUAAUACAAUGGCUUCAAUCAUUCACGCUUCUGCUAUGCGAAUUAACGUUUGGCUACUUUCGUUCUUGUCAACUUCCUGAGUAAUUAAUUUGAUCUUCUGUUGGCAUAGUAAACGCGCUUGCUAUCAUCUUCGUGAACAAAAAUACACCAUUUUGGCCCAUA